CUUUAUAUUUGUGCUGAGCAGAAGAGCUUCAUUUUGUUUGUGCUCAUUGUGGCUGUCAGCUUGACUGGGAAAUUCUGUUGAAGGGCGGCGCCAUGGAGCAGCUGGUGUUGCGCGUCCGGACGGCCUUCCAGACGGGCCGCUCGAGGCCUCUGUCGUUCCGCCUGCAGCAGCUGCAGGCCCUGCAGAGGAUGGUGCAGGAGUGCCAGAAGGAGAUCGUGGGGGCGCUGGCCGAGGACCUGCACAAGAGCGAAUUCAACGCAUAUAGUCAAGAAGUAAUUAGUAUUCUUGGGGAGCUUAACCAUGUACUGGAGAACCUUCCUGAGUGGGUUGCCCCAGAGCCUGCUAAGAAGAAUUUCUUGACAAUGAUGGAUGAGGCCUAUGUCCACUCAGAGCCUCUUGGAGUGGUCCUGAUUAUUGGGGCUUGGAACUACCCGUUUGUCCUAAAUAUGCAGCCAUUAAUAGGAGCUAUUGCAGCAGGAAAUGCUGUUAUAGUCAAGCCAUCCGAAUUAAGUGAAAGGACAGCCACACUCUUGGCCAAGAUCCUCCCUCAAUAUUUAGACAAAGAUCUAUACUGUGUUAUUAAUGGUGGUGUUAAGGAGACCACAGAACUUCUGAAGCAAAGAUUUGACCAUAUUCUCUAUACUGGAAGUACUGGAGUUGGGAAGAUUGUCAUGGAAGCUGCUGCCAAGCAUUUGACCCCUGUGACUCUGGAGCUCGGAGGGAAGAGUCCAUGUUACGUUGAUAAAGAUUGUAAUCUUGAUAUAGCUUGCAGACGUAUCACCUGGGGAAAGUAUAUGAACUGUGGUCAGACCUGCAUUGCUCCCGACUACGUUCUCUGUGAGCCGUCCCUCCAGAGUCAGAUUGUGGAGAAGAUAAAGGAAACUGUGAAGGAAUUCUAUGGUGAAGAAAUAAAAAAGUCUCCUGAUUAUGAAAGGAUCAUCAACCUUCGUCAUUUUAAAAGAGUGACAAAUUUACUUGAAGGACAAAAGAUAGCUUUUGGAGGGGAGACGGACGAGGCUACACGAUACAUAGCCCCGACUGUUCUUACUGACGUUAACCCCAACUCCAGGGUGAUGCAAGAAGAGAUUUUUGGUCCUGUGCUUCCAAUAGUGCCUGUGAAAAAUGCAGAUGAAGCAAUACAGUUCAUAAACCAGCGAGAAAAACCCCUGGCCCUGUAUGUGUUUUCUAAUAAUAAUAAGCUGAUUAAAAAGAUGAUACAGGAGACCUCCAGUGGUGGAGUUACUGGCAAUGAUGUCAUCAUGCAUUUCGCUCUCAACUCUUUGCCCUUUGGAGGAGUUGGUAAUAGUGGGAUGGGCGCAUAUCAUGGAAAACACAGUUUUGACACCUUCUCCCAUCGCCGAUCAUGCCUAAUAAAGAGCUUAAAGAUGGAAGGUGCCAACAAGCUCAGAUACCCACCAAACAGCCAGUCCAAGGUAGACUGGGCAAACUUCUUCCUCUUGAAACGCUUCAACAAAGGCAGAGUUGGUCUCUUCUUUCUCGCUUUUCUGGGUGUGUUGGUUGCCAUAGUUGUAAAAAAAUACCAAGCUGUGCUGAGGAGAAAGGCCCUGUUGAUUUUUCUGGUAAUUCACAGACUUCAUUGGUCCAAUAAACAGUGAGGAACGGCGGAUUGCCAAAGGCAGCACUGUCUGUUAAAGAGAGUUUCAAUACUCCUAAAGAUGGCUCAGGUUCAACUUGCAAGUUGUCUUUACUUGAUUUCUACUUUUGUUACCAGAUUCAUGAACAAAUUGAUUCCUAUUAAAAAUAUUAAUAUAAAAGUACAAAGAUAAUUUACCUUAAAGCAGACUGCUAUUUACUCUCCUAAAAACCUGCCAUUGCAAUCACAUCUCCAAACUCUUCUAGCAACGGGGCAAUUUGAGGUGAAUGUUCCAGAUUGAGUUUGUUAUGCAAUGAGAUGGUCAAAGGAGUGAGGAGAAAGGGAUGCUUUAGGUGGGACUCUUUGGUUCCUGGCCUUGUUCCCCCUCCACCUUGCACCCACUCCCAGGCUCUGUUGGAACAUAAGAGGGGGCAGGGUUUGGGCAGGGCUUUGAAAGAGUUCCUCAGUUACUGAGAGUCCCUCAUAGGUCUGAGGUCUUUGGUGUGGAAGCUGGUCUUCCUCAGUAUAGCUCAGAAGAGAAGCCAUUUUAUGUCAGUGCCUUGUAAUUCCACAUGAGGCCAGGUUAGAGGAGGUACACAGAAUCUUCCCAUUUGCUACACUCAGGUUUUGAGGGAAUUAGAACUGCAGCCCAAAGGGAUAUAGGAAGCUUUAAACUUGGCCACAAUCAAAGAACUCAGUCACCAUCCUGUUUGUGAACACAGGUAUCCUUUGCAAAGUAAAUAAUUACAUUUACUUCACAAUCAAGGUCUUCACAGAGAACAGUUUUCUGUAAUUUGUCUCCUGUCAUGUUUUGUGUUUCACCUGGGUUUGUGCCUUAGUUAAGUCCAGGUUUUUGACAGCCAGAGUUAAUGCAUAUGCCUUCACUGAGGUUGCCAGGUCCCAAGAAGGGCCACCACUGCCCACAGAGGGCAGCUUUUAUGUAUCGAUCCUUAUAUUGUGGAGUCCUCAGUUGAGCUGUUUUUUAUGCUAUUAAAGAAGCCCCCCUUCACUGAGUCCCAGAUCCCCAAAGCUGGUAUUUGUGGACAGAUUUGUUUGCCACAAGGACAAACUGAGACAAGUUCAAUCUCUAUUUUCAAAUUAUGUAUGCCAAAAUGCAAGCAACCAUUCUUUAUAAUGUUUUAAAGCCAAAUAUCCAUCCUUCUAAAUAAAUUUAAAGUGUAGAAUUUGAAUAAUUUAGGGCAGCAAAUCAUUUUACUGAAACCGAUGUCUUAAACAGAAGGAAUGUUCAGCCUGGAGGACAUCAUAUGGGUGGAUGACAGCCCAAGUAGAGACGUGUUUAAUGUUAUAAUGUCCCAGCUCUACUAGACACCAUUAAUAACCAGCCCAAUCAGUGAGGAAAGAAUUCCAGAAGGCAGCAAGAUGAAUUCUGAAUCCCCAGACAUGAGGGAAAGUGUUGGUCCAGGGUUCGUAUGUGUAGUCAGGAGAUGAAGUGAGACCCAGGGGUCAACAAGAAUAGCAAGGAGGAAAAGGGAAACACUAGACUGACUCUGCAUCUACCAAUGUACCAGGUUGUGUGGACAUGCAGUGGUACUAAGCCUGCCAGACACCACAGGUGUGAUCUGGCCACCCAUGUAAGCCCUUGCAUGCUUAAAAAUGUUCAGCUGACUUUAUUGGGGAGUUUUUCAUCUGAAUACAUGUCCAGAUUUAAAAUCUGAAAUCAGUGGUGGUCUCAGGGGAGGAAUGCAAUUUCCCUUAGAGGCUUACUUCAUUGAUCGCUUUGCUAGAUUGAUUCUGUUCAGGCAUAGGUAUAACCUGCUGGUGAAGCUUCAUGUACUAAAAGUAAUCAUUAGCUUUCUUUAGGGAAUGGAACUGGUUAACUAAAUGGCAACUUUUAGGCAAUUACCUUACACUGUUAGACAUGGACUUUAAAACUGUUUGGACUUAGUGUAUCAAAAUUGUGUAUCACAUUUGCCUUUUUGGUGAAACUUAACUGCUGCCUGGUUACUAUUUAAAAAUCUUUAUUAAUAAAAUUGAGAUGAAUUUUAAAAUA